AUGGAGACACAGUUUUUAUUAUUUGUGUCAAUAUUUUGUACGUUAAUUAUUCAUGCUGAAGGUAUCAAGCCAAUUGUGUUUAUGCACGGGAUCGUAGCUGCUGCUGAUGAAGCUGACCCACUGAGAGGAUUCGUGGAGGAGGCAUUCCCAGGAACGAACGUCACGUCUAUCAAUGCCUUUAACCAUCUACAAAGCGUGGUGCCCAUGUGGACACAGAUUAACACCAUAAAGGAAAUGGUCAGGGACAGCCUUGUAAAUAGCCCAGAUGGAGUUAACCUCAUUUGUUUCUCACAAGGCGGAUUGAUAUGCCGCGGACUACUUUCUGUUCUUCCUCACAACGUUAACAACUUCAUCUCCGUUAGUUCACCACAAGCAGGACAAUAUGGAGACACGAUGUAUCUGAAGUACUUUUUCCCAAACUACCUGAAACAGAACGUCUACAAAUUUUUCUACACGCAAGCGGGACAGCAGUGGUCUAUUGCCAAUUACUGGCAUGAUCCACACCAGGAGACACUUUACAAGCAACAUAACAAGUUCCUAGCAGCGUUGGACAACGACACCGCCACGCCUAAUGCAACAAUGUAUAAAGACAAUUUCCUACGGUUAAAGAAGCUGAUAAUGAUUGGCGGUCCUGACGAUGGUGUCAUCACUCCAUGGCAGUCAAGCCACUUUGGAUUUUACGACGCUAAUGAUACAGUAGUGCCAAUGGAAAAACAAAGGUUUUAUGAGCAAGAUUCGUUCGGAUUGAAGACGUUGGAUGCACGUGGGGACAUCUAUACCUACAUCGUACCUGGUGUACAACACACAAACUGGAUAAAGAACCGGAUGGUGUUUGAAAAAUUCAUCAAACCAUGGCUGACAGAGUAG